CCUGGGGGUGGGGGAGCGUGCGGGGGAGUGUGCGAGCGGCUUGCAUCGCUCCCGCACCCUCCUCUUCCUCCUCUCCGUCCUGGAGGGCGACGGAUCGGCGGCGGCAGCUGAGCCGGGCCCCAUCCCCGAGGUCUUCAUUCAUAUAAGAUCAUCCACUUUGUUGAAGAAGGUUGAAAUAUUUUUUAACCGCCAAAUUUUAGCUGCUGGUGGAGAAAACGUAGCAACUUCAGCUCCCUCAGUAUCUUGCGAUAAGCACACUGGAUUGGCGAAGUGCGAUGAAGUCCUUGUUGGACAGUUCUUCUGAAUGAGAUGCCAUGAACUCACUGUCACGGACAUCAUCCGUUUCUGAAUGAAGUUGCCAACCCAAUUUCAACAACUGCUUUGGUUAUCUGCUCGGGGGUCUCUUCAGUGACUCGAAAAUCUGACCCGAAUUUGGGGCUCAACUUCCUCCGCGAUCAGUUCAUUGUCGAUUGCUUAAUCUCAGCCCGCGUAAGGAGGCAGCGGGGAGGCAUUUAUUUGCCCGUGGUGCUCAGCUGGAACGCCGGGGCCAAUUAGGUGAAUACUUGGACUCAGGCAGACAACACCCGUUGUGUCUGUGAGGUGAUUGUAACCCUGGCUAAGCAAAAGUAUCCAAAUUGACUGUUGAGACAAGUGAAUUGAAGAAAGCACUUCUGCAAGACAAUACUAACUUCAUCCUCAGAUUGUUUUUAUUUUUCCUGCUUGCUCUAAAGGAACCCAGCCAGAAAACAUUGGGAUUGGACCAGAUAACAUUCUUCUAGUAUUAUCCGUUGGCGUCAAGACGUGUUACCAGCAUAUAUUUUACACAUUUUAUAUUUUGGGAAAUCUGGGCAUCAUCAUUAUUUUCUUCUUCCGAGAAUUCCUUUAUCUCCAUUCUGUGUUUCUUCAGAUACCCGCACACAAGGCACUGAAGUUAAUACAGGACCGAACUGAAUAUCUGGGAAAGCUGCUCAACUACUCCCUAGUGAAUCAGUUUAGGGAUGGAUCGUAGUCGUACAUGUGCAGACCGGCGCCAUGAACGUACGCACAGCCGUUUCUUCGAACAGCGUAUCGUGGUUCAUCCAGAUAGAAGCAAUCUCCUUCAAUCAAGAAACCAACAAAAGUAUUUCACCAUGGAUAUAGACGAUGAAGAAAAUAUGAGUUCCAGCAGCACCGACGUUAAGGAAAACCGCAACUCGGACAACGUCCCUCCCAAGGAGAGCACCGUGCAAAACCCCGGGGAGGGAACCCAACUCUCGAACGGUGCUGGAAGCGGCAGCAGGAAACGCCCCUUGGAGGAGGGCAACAAUGGGCACUCCAAGUACCGUAUCAAAAAGAGGAAGAAAACCCCGGGGCCCGUUUUACCCAAAAAUGCCCUCAUGCAGCUGAAUGAGAUUAAGCCCGGUUUGCAGUACAAGCUUCUUUCCCAGACAGGCCCCGUCCACGCUCCGAUGUUUGUCAUGGCUGUCGAAGUUAAUGGGCAGGCCUUUGAGGGCACUGGCCCCACAAAGAAGAAGGCAAAGCUUCACGCUGCCGAAAAGGCCCUGCGGUCUUUUGUUCAGUUUCCCAACGCGUCGGAGGCGCACCUAGCCAUGGGGAGAACCCUUUCCGUAAACACGGACUUUACGUCUGAUCAGGCAGACUUCCCCGAUACGCUUUUCAAUGGAUUCGAAACUCCUAACCAGACAGACAGUUCCUUUUAUUUGGGUUCCAAUGGAGAUGGGUCUUUUAGCUCCAGUGGGGACUAUAAUCUAUCCUCAGCCACCGUAGCUAGUAGUCUAAUGCAGUCGCCUCUUCCCAUACCUUCACCCUACCCAUCCUCCGGCGGAAAAAACCCCGUCAUGAUCUUGAAUGAGCUGCGGCCCGGGCUGAAGUAUGAGUUUCUCUCCGAAAGCGGGGAGAGCCACGCCAAGAACUUCGUAAUGGCCGUGGCUGUGGACGGUCAGAACUUCGAAGGCUCAGGAAGGAACAAAAAGCUCGCCAAAGCUCGGGCUGCUCAGUCAGCCCUGGCGUCACUUUUCAACAUGCAUUUGGAUCAGACCCCGUCUCGCCAGCCGAUUCCCAGUGAGGGGCUCCAGUUGCAUUUACCACAGGUUCUAGCAGAUGCUGUUGCACGCUUGGUCAUAGAUAAAUUCAGUGAUCUGACUGAUAAUUUUACAUCCCCCCAUGCUCGUAGAAAAGUUCUUGCUGGAAUUGUCAUGACAACAGGUACAGAUGUUAAAGAUGCCCAGGUAAUAAGCGUUUCCACAGGAACGAAAUGCAUUAAUGGCGAAUACAUGAGUGACCGUGGCCUUGCGUUAAAUGACUGCCAUGCAGAAAUAAUAUCUCGUAGAUCCUUGCUUAGAUAUCUUUACACACAGCUUGAUCUCUUCUUAAGUAAUAGAGAUGACCAACACAAAUCUAUUUUCACGAAAUCAGAAAGAAUUGGGUUUAAACUGAAGGACAAUGUCCAGUUUCAUCUAUACAUUAGUACCUCUCCAUGUGGAGAUGCCCGGAUUUUCUCUCCACACGAAGCAAUACAAGAGGAUCAGAGCGACAGACAUCCGAAUCGAAAAGCAAGAGGACAGCUUCGUACAAAAAUAGAAUCUGGUGAAGGGACGAUUCCGGUCAGAUCCACUGCAACCAUCCAGACGUGGGACGGCGUUUUACAGGGAGAAAGACUACUCACUAUGUCAUGCAGUGACAAGAUAGCUAGGUGGAAUGUGGUGGGUAUCCAAGGCUCCUUACUUAGCCUUUUUGUGGAACCAAUUUACUUCUCUAGUAUCAUCUUGGGGAGUUUAUAUCACGGGGACCACCUUUCCAGAGCUGUAUACCAGCGGAUAUCAGAGAUAGAAGAUCUACCACCUCUCUAUACCCUCAACAGACCUUUACUUAGUGGUAUCAGCAAUGCAGAAGCCCGACAGCCAGGCAAAGCUCCGAAUUUCAGCGUGAACUGGACGGUAGGAGACACCAGCCUCGAAGUGAUUAAUGCCACAACUGGUAAAGAUGAAAUGGGUCGCGCCUCUCGCCUUUGUAAGCAUGCUUUGUAUAGUCGUUGGAUGCGCAUUCACGCCAAGCUUUCCUCCAGCCUGCGUUCAAAGAUAAGCAAACCCAACAUGUACCACGAAUCCAAACAGGUAGCUACAGAAUACCAAUCUGCCAAAGAGUGUUUAUUCAAAGCAUUCCUGAAGGCCGGACUCGGAGCCUGGGUGGAAAAACCAAUUGAACAGGAUCAGUUUUCUCUCACAGGCUAAAUGUUGACUGCACAUCGCAACUUUGGAAAAGGGGGUUGUUCUGGAAAUCUUGGUGUCUGGCAUCGUCAUCAUCACCUGGCAUCUCCGCAACGUACAAAACGUUCUUUUAGUUAUCCACUUUGGAAAAUUUAACCAGCAAUUGCUUUCUCAAGAUUUGAAAAUCAAAUGUUGGGUUGAAAUCUGAAGUUUUUGUUCGUUUAACAGAUUCUCAUUACAUGUAUUACUCUAGAAACACCACCUACUGUAUGAAGAUUUACAGUAGAGACUAGAUGUUUAUUUUUAGUCUGAUUUGUUCUAGGUAGAAACCAUCCCCUUCCCGCCCCUCCUCCACUCGUUCCCCUCUCCUCCCUAUAUAAUGCAAUAUAGGCAAAUGCACUAAAAUGUAAAUAAUUGCAUUAGAUUUUACACAGCAUUUUUAGGAUGUAGUUUGAAGUUUUUCUAGAAUGAAGCUACAAAAUUCAUUUCUGCUUGUUGGUUAGCUUUAUCGUGGAGUUCAGAGGAUCAUAGUGAAUAGAUUACAAAGCCAGAAUGGAGUUUGGACAGCUCAGCUUCCCCUACCUCCUGGUCCUUAAAAACCAGCUGCUGAAAAUUCCAUAUCUUUGAUGUAUGUAUUUAUUAGUCUGUGAUCAGUUUUUAACAUGCAGCUCUUUAUUCUGGUUUUCAGUACUUGUCUUUACAUACAUUGUGAAGUCCUUUUUUUUAAGCCAUUGUCAACUGGAAAAAAAAAUAAGUAUUUGUAAGUUAAGCAUAUAAAUCUGUAGUGUACAAAAAUCUGUUUAGUAUUAGCUGAUUUAUCUCUCCCAGGAAUUCAGAGUACAAUCGUAGCGUUUCCAUUACUGUGGCCUCUCUAAGAAUUGGGAAAAUUAAACACAGCUUACUCACAGUAGAAUGAUUUUCAGUCCUCUUUAAAUAAACACCAAGAUCCACCUGAGGAUCAGAGUAUUAUUAAACUGCUUUCUUGGGAACUUCAUAGGACAAACUAUUUGGAAUUAGACUGUUGUGACACAUUAAGGUCACACUAAUCAUGAGUAUGUGAUUGUUGAUAAGUAAAGAAUACGAGGAUAAACGACUUGAGAUCUAGCUGUGUUUGCUCUGGUAAAUAUUGAAAAGGACAUCUUUUAUUUAUUAUUGAAACUAUUUUAUAAGCAUGUUCACAUAGAGCAAACGCAGAAUUGAACUGCAGCAGGGAAAAUAUAACUGAGUCUAUGAAAUUUGCUUGGUAGCAGGUAACUUGAAACUGAAUUGAAGUCCCGAAGGACUGGUGGAACUAAAUGUACCAAACAUAAAUUCCAAAAGGAAUGUAAAGCGUAGCUAAAUCCAGGACAUAACUCGCAAAUCCAUUGCAUUACCUAGACUGAAAAUAUGACAUGCUGCCAAAAUAUUGUUCCUUUUUUUUUAUAAGUGUUUAGUUUAUGAUAGCAGUAACUACCUCAGCACAGAACAUUUCUAUGGAUUAACAGCUUGCUGGAAUUAAGGGUAAGAGGUGAAGAAAACUUUUCUGGCCAGAAGUAAAUUUCAGGAAAUGCAUUGUGUCAUGAUCAUCUUGCUCAAUUACCGGCCUUCCAAAAGAAAGCCAAUUGGAUUUCAAAAAAUAAGAAGCGUUAGCAAUUUUGGACAUGAUUUGUUUAAAUCCCUAGGACAGAUACCGAAUAUGAAACAUGCUACUGUUAGUUCAAAUAAUGUAUGUGUGCUAUUGUCAAAUAUGUUUUUAUUUACCUUAUUUCUCUAAAUGCUUCAUAUUUUCUUCAUUUUAGAGCAAAUUGAAAAUAUUUCAGCUGGCUUAAUUAAGUGCUAGAAUUGUGUCGGUGAACAAUGUAUUUGUUCUGUUCAUAAAGGGGAACUAGUCCCUUAAAGGAGAAAUGGAAACGUCUAUUUUCUCGAAUUAUUUUUUGAGAUUCAUUUGAAAAGACUUUCAGAGAUUGUGCUCUAUUGAGUAAAUCUUUUUUUUGAGUUCAGGGAAUGAGAAGACAGGAAUGAUUUUGCCUGAAACUCUUGAACAAGUAAUAUGUUCAAAAAUAGGGUGUGUUUUAAAUGAAUGAUGAUUUUAGGCUGUUCUGUGAGAGACUUUUAUUUUCUUUUUUCAAAAGAAGUAUCUGAGAGAGAGAGAGAGAGAGAGAGGGAGUGUGUGUGUGUGUGUGUGUGUGUGUGUGUGAGUAAAAUUCAAGUUACUUUUCCAGAAUUAUGUGCAAAAUUGGGUACUUUUACUUCCGUAAAUACUUGGACGCUUGCUAUGGUGUGAGUCCGUUCAGUAGUUUAUAAAAAUGCUAUUUGCUGCUUUGUCCCUUUUCUUAACCAGGCUCUGUCAGUUAUGUUUUGCCAGGUAAAGAGCUGUAUCAGAGAUUCUGCUGUCUCUGACGUCUCCUUUUUCUUUGCAGGUUAGUGUUAUAUGUCAUGUAUAGCUUUUAGCCAACUAAAUUCUGAACAAUCAAAGAUAAAAAUAUACCCAUCAGCAACUUCUGAGGAUAUGGGCUGCCUUUCCUUCUUCCAUCAGACAGUUAGCUGGCCAUUUCUUUGGGCGUUAUCGAAUCCCCGCGGGUUUUGGCCGGCAGCAAUCCGUGAUGCCCACUGAAGGCUAUCCUGAUUUCUUCCCUCUUCCUCAUUCAGAUGAAUGUUCGCCUCAGGAUCGUCACGAAGUUGAAAUCCGAUUCAUUAAGUAGAUGUUAAUACUUGAAAAAGGUAACCCAAGGUUUUCCUCCACUCAGUUCUAGCAUGGUUAAAGACAGUAGUUUAAGAAACCGAGAAUGUUCAGCCUCAGAGGGUCAUGAAGUAUGCUUUUGGGGUGUCAUUUGGAUGACAUGGGUUUGAGCCUGGCGAUAAGACUUGAAGCAUUUGCCUUGUUGCUACACUCAGGAUUAGAUAAGGACAUUAGAAGAGUUUUUCCUGUCCUUCACUAAUGAAGCACACCUUUUAUAGUUCUCUAAGUCAAAUAGGAAGUGGAUCAUUCAUGUUCAUUACAUGUUCUUCCUUUACUCCACACUUCCCAAAGUGGCUUUGUUUCAUAUUUUAUCAUAGUGUUAACAAAGAUUGUCUAAGAAAUGAGGUAGUUGUUCCACCUAGUCGGGGCAUGGAUCAAGUUUUUUUUUUUUUCUUCUUUUCUAUAUCAUGUUUAGAUAACCCGAAAUAUAUUCAAGAUGGACAAAAUAAACAGUUCUAGUGAAUUGGCAAACCUUUUGAUGUUUUUACUCUGGCACUGGUAAGACCCGGAGCUGGUUGCUGCUGAUGUUUUAGAAUUUUAGUUACUCGAUUGGGGUGUGUUUAUGCCAGGAUUACUUUGAAUUUCAGUUCCUUCCACAGCUACCCAGAAUUGCAAGAAUAUCAUAGCUGUAUAUUUUGUAUAAAUGAAUUAUGUCAUCCCGAUUGCAAUGACAGUAUAUGCUUAGUGAGGCAAUAGAAUAUUGAUUAUAGGCUACUAGCCUCAAACACCACAUUUCUUGGGACUCAGUUCAUAUGCACAGUGAAGGAAGGAAUCUGCAAAAAACAAAUUUAAACACUUUUUCUCCUCACCUAUGAGACAAUCAGCCUGUACUUCCCCAGUGAAAGAUGUGAAUCUUGUAAACUCUCAGCCGUGGCUGCCUUGUAACCAUGAUGGAGUUUGCACUGUUGUUAUUUGAAGAUUCUUUCCAGAUUUUUUUUGCCUUUCUACACACUGAAAGGUAUCUGAAUUUCCUUGAUUCCUGUCUCCAAAAUAAGCCGUUGCACUCAAGUAAAGCAAUUGAAGAAGUCAUCCCAUUUUUAUGGGUAAUUGUGUAUAACAAAAAGAUUAUUUUUUUCUAAAAGGGUGUUUUGGGGUGUUUUAAUGGAAAUGGAUGGUAUUUUUAAAAAUUAGGCCCAUUAACUGGAAGCCACAGAAAUAUAUACAAAUGAGUGUCGUGGCCUGACAUGUACUUUCCCCUGUGAGGUGAGAACUAAAAUCAGUAUUAAUCCCCCCGCCCCAUGAAAACUUCCAUUUAUAGACCAGGGUUGGAUUUAAGGAGGGGUGACCCAGGCAUGGAAGACUGUCUCCCUCACCCCUAACCCCCUGAAUUGUAUGCCUGGAUCUACAGAUCUUCAUCUUUCUUCUUUGCUGUGGCCAAGAGCUGGGGCUCUAAAAAUUCUCCUUUCCUGGAAUGCCACUUGAUCUUUGAUCUGAUCGGGGCACUUUAUGCGAGCAGAUAUUGCCUGAAAAAAGAAGUAAAGCAUUUAGCCAUAUCCCUUAAGGUAGACUGUCAUAAUAGGGGGCCAUUCCCCUUAAUUCGAGAAUAUUUGCCUACGGUAACACCCUGCCAUCAGCUGAGAAAGUCCUAGUCAUUUGUCUUACAGACAGAGAGUCCUCUACAGUCCUUAGGAAGUGGCAUCUGCUGGACGCUCCAUCAGCACAUGCAUGGAAAGGAGCAGAGCAGCACAUGGCAUCUGUGCUUCCCCUUCAGCUCUGGGGCUUUAGUCACCCUGGAUAUGAAACCAGGUUGGCAUAGGAGCUGAGUAUUAUCCAGUGCAUGUAGGCAAACCUCCCCCGUCCCCUUGCCUCAGGAAAGACCACAAAUCCUAGAAGUGGAGAGAGAAAGGGAAUAACUGGGGAAAAUGUUUUAACUUAAUGACUGUAGAGUUUCCGGCCUUAUGUAGGAACAGUGGGACUUCCAAACACAGAGCCAACUCAUGCGUUCAGUGGUCCGUCGGUGUGAGGAAACAUACGAUGAGUGGCCCGCGAGUAUAGAGAGCAGAGUGGCAACUCUGUUCCAUGUCAAAUCUCCUCUUGGCUAGCAAGUGGAAUUGUCAACAGCUGACUAGACCCAGAGAAUAAUUGGAAAAAUUUUGUAAGAUUUUAGCCCAGAGAAAUUUCAUGUCUUUCUCCUAACAAACACAUCAGAAGACUUACCCGAAGUGACUUUUUAAUUGAAAUAGAGCUAGUUCUGCCCAAAGUGGAUGUUCCACAGCCCACUGCCGCUUUUUAUGAAAGAUGGAGAUUUAUUGGACCACAUUUUUCAGACCCGAUGGAAGAUUUGGAAUAACUGGGAUUCCAGGUGACGCCGUGGAGGCGGCCACCCCUUUACCUCAUUUUUUUUUCCAUUUUUAGACCUAAGUUUGUACAACACUGCCGUUGAUGAUGAUGUGGACACCGCUGCUCCACUCUCCGGCUAUCCAUCCUGGAUGCUAUGUGAACAACUUUCUGGUUCAUCCUUUUGGCCCCCAUGCUUCCCAAACCUGACUUU